GCUCGGCCGCCGGUGAUGGGGGACGACAUGGACGUGAUCCCCGAGCGGGAGAUGAAGGAUUUUCAGUUCAGAGCCCUGAAGAAAGUGCGCAUCUUCGACCCCCCGGCGGAGUUACCCAAGGAGCGUUCCAGCCUUCUUGCUGUGUCCAACAAAUAUGGGCUUGCGUUUGCUGGCUGUGCGGCUGGGCUGCAGGUCUUUCAGACCAAAAACCUUCUAAUGCCGAUUCAGACGGGGGAUUCCCCUAAUAAAAUAGUUGAGAAUGUCCAGAGCCUUUUUGUGCCGACAAAGUUCCGUGUGCAUCACCUGGCACUAAGCUGCGAUAACCUUACCCUCUCAGUUUUCAUGGCAUCAAACGAAGUUGGCUCCUUUAUUGGCUUUUUUGAUGUCCGUACAUUUGUGAAUCAGGCUAAACAGCAAAAACGACCUUUUGCCUAUCAGAAGAUGUCUGCAGCUCUGGUCAGUGACCUGAAGUGGAAUCCCAUGAAUGCUUCCAUGUUGGCUGUGUGUUUGUCUGAUGGAAGUGUCUCAGUUCUGCAGGUUACAGAUUCUGUGAAGGUGUAUGCCACGCUUCCUGCCUCAGUGGCUGUUACAUCAGUGUGCUGGAGUCCCAAAGGAAAACAACUGGCUGUGGGCAAACAGAAUGGCACAGUGGUACAGUAUCUGCCUAACCUCCAGGAGAAAAAAACAAUUCCUUGCCCUUCAUUCUAUGAUUCAGAUAAUCCUGUCAAAGUUUUGGAUGUGUUGUGGAUUGGGACAUAUGUCUUCACUAUUGUCUAUGCUGCUGCAGAUGGGACCUUGGAGACACCUCCUGAAGUGGUGAUGGCUGUGCUUCCUAAAAAGGAAGAGAAACGGAAUGUGAUAUUUGUGAAUUUUAUGGAGCCCUGUUACGGCAGCAGCACGGAGAGACAACAUCACUACUUCCUUAACUACGUUGAAGAGUGGGAUCUGGUUCUGGCAGCUUCUGCUGCUUCCACAGAUGUCAGCAUCCUUGCGAGGCAAGAAGAUCAGAACAACUGGGAGCUUUGGGUACUGGAAGACUCCAGCCGAGCAGAACUUCCUGUAACAGACACUAGUGAGGACACUUUACCGGUUGGACUGGCCAUCGAUUACACCAGCAACACACGUAUAAUGAUCAGUGAGGAGAAGAGUGUGGAUCCAUCUCCUGUUCUUCUACUUCUCUCUACUGAUGGAGUGCUCUGCCCCUUUUACAUGGUCAAUCAAAAUCCUGGAGUCAGGCCUUUACUCAUGACACCUGAGCCUCUGUCUGCAGAAGGGGAAAGAGGAGCAAAAUCAGCUGGAAGUACGCCCCCUUCGUCUGUGUCUGGCUCUGCUUCUUCAAAGAUUGGACCUGCAUCUGCUGCAGGUUCAAUUUCCAGUUGUGGGGCAGCAUCAUUCUCAUUUGCAGCCUCCACUUUGAAAGCCCCAGGAUCAACAGAGGCCACUGUUCCCUCUCCUUUCCCACCUGAGGGCCCCAAGCCUCCACCUGGUUCUGGUCUAAGUGGAGCAGCUGGGUUCUCCUUUUCUUCUACUGUUUCCAAAGUUCCCCAAACUCCAGCCUCCACAGCUGAUGCCACUCCAGCUUCUGCCUCCUCUUUCUCUUUUGGAUCUAUGAGUUUUAAAACAAGCACAGACAACUCAGCUGGCCCUUUGUCCUCUGCAACGCCUCUUGGACUGAAGCAAAGUUUUGCCCCUCCAUCUGUCAAAGUCAACCUCACUGAGAAGUUCCUGGCUGCAGACUCAUCAACAGUUAUAGCCAGCAGCAGUAGUAAUAACCAGAGCUCCACCAUGUUCUCUUUUUCACCUGCUGUGAAGCCUGUGUCUACGGUGGGGGCAAACCAGAUGGCUGGGCUUUCUACUCCAGCUUCCGCACCUGUAAACGUUUCAACUCCAGCAUCUUCAGCAAUGAUGCGUCCUUCCCAGAGUGCUCCCCCAGCUUCUGUGCUUCAGAAAACAGCAAAGGUGUCUCCAGCUGUGUCAAAAGCAAGCCCUUCACAGGGCCGGCAGCAACCUCUUAGUUCUGGAACUGAGAAACAACUUCACCAAUGGAAAGAUUCUGAUCCUGUCAUUGCAGGGAUAAGAGAGGAGAUUGCUCACUUCCAGAAGGAAAUGGAAGAGUUGAAAAGCAGAACAUCCAAAGCCUCUUUCCAGGUGGGCACUGAAGAAGAGAAGAAGAUGCUGAGGGCCGAGUCAAAUGACUUGCACACCUUCCUCUUGGAGAUCAAAGAGACAACAGAGUCUCUUCAUGGUGACAUCAGCUUUCUGAAGACAAACCUGCUGGAGGGAUUUGCAGGGGUUGAGGAAGCCAGAGAGAAGGAUGAGCGAGCACACAACUCUGAGUACUUGCACCUGCUCUAUAAGAAGCCUUUAGACCCCAAGAGUGAAGCCCAGCUUCAGGAAAUCCGACGCUUGCACCAAUAUGUGAAAUUUGCUGUACAGGAUGUGAAUGAUGUUCUGGAUUUAGAAUGGGACCGGCAUCUGGAACAACAGAAAAAGCAAAAGCGCUUAAUGGUACCUGAACGAGAAACUCUGUUCAACACCUUGACUAAUAACCGGGAGAUCAUCAAUCAGCAGAGAAAGAGGCUGAAAAACUUGGUGGACAGCUUACAAGAUCUUCGUUUGUACAACCAGACUUCUCAAUGGAAAAGCUCAGGUCCUAUUUCUUCCCACAGCAGUGUCCAAAGCCUUGACAGCGAGCUGGAGAGCUUGAGUAACGCCUUGACCAAAGCUACUAUAGAAUCUUCUAGCAAAAUGUCACCAAAACAAGCCGCCAAACUGUCCCCUGUGAAGCAGGCUCAAUUAAGGAACUUCCUAUCAAAGAGGAAGGUGCCACCUGUAAGAUCAACUGCACCAGCCAGUCUGUCUCAGUCGGCCUUCCUGUCGUUGAGAUACGAUGAAGAUUUGGAUGACAUUAGCUCCAUAUCUUCAGCUGCCCAGUCCCUUGAGAAUGAAGAGAUUCGAGGUGCAGAUUAUGAAGAGGAGGAGGAGGAGAUUGGCUCCCUCCCGGUGGCCCGCCAUGCCAAAGUUGUCCGAACCUCCUCAGUUCAGCCUUGUCUGAUGGCACAGCCCCUGCCUCUUGGCAAACCACAAAUCCCAGUGGGUGCUUUAAUAGCCACACCGCAAACCCUUCCACAAGGGGCAGACAGCACAAUGUUGGCAACAAAAACUGUGAAGCAUGGGGCCCCCGUUCCCAUCGUCACCAUUCCGGCACCCCAGGCUGCAGCGGAAGCAGCAAUGAGAAGACAGAUGGCAAACCAGAAUCCAGCUGUGAGCACUUCCUUAACUGAGUCAACUCUGAAGAAUGUCCCUCAGGUAGUGAACGUGCGAGAACUGAAGAACAAUUCUGCUCCCCCAGCUGUUUCAACAGUCAUAGGAUCAUCAGUUCCUCAGUCGGCUGCUCAAGCUGUUCACCAGGUUCUGGCAACUGUGGCUACCAAUCAAGCCAGUCAGGGACCUUUGCCCAGCUCCCUUAAGGGGCAGCCUCCAUCCAGUUCGGCAGCCUCAGCAGUUGUGACCACCAUCAGCUCCACGGGUCAGACAUCAUCAACUGCUAAAAAGAGCUCAGUUCCAGGACUAGGGCCCACGAAGACACUUGCGGCUGUCACCUCAUCCUCUACACCAUCGGGCUCAGCCACUGGUGCUCAGUUCAACAAGCUGUUCACACUUCCCUCCACAGGGCCUGGAUUUAACUUUGCUGCAGUCACCUCCUCCCUUGCUGCAUCUGUCCCUGCAAUUUCACCAGUAGCAGCCACCAUCCCUGCAAAGGAGCUGAACCAACCUGAUGCCUUUUCAGUUGGUGGGAACAUGAAAUUUGGAGCUGCCCCAGAGAGUUUGUUUGCUUUUGGGUCUGCAAAACCAGCCAGUCUUCCAGGAACCUCCAUGACAGGCAUUGGCUCUGGUGAUCCGUGCCAGGCAAACUGCCAAACUGGCAUGGCUGUGGCUUCCAUUUCCAACAACACCUGCAACAAGCUGGAUGAUGUUUUGGUGAAACAAGGAGACCACCUCUUUCAGGGUCCUGUGAUUGGAGAAACCAUUGGGAGCUUCUCUGGAUUAAGAGUCAGUCAGACAGAUGAGAACGCUAAGCCUGCCCCAGCCAAGUUUCCCUUUGCUAAUGUGGCUGGUACCCAGGUGCCCAAAGCAGCCACUGUGCCUUCUGGAUUUACUCCUGCAAGCUCUUUGCAAGAAGCAAAGCCAGUGGAGGCCACUGUAACAUCCACAACAGUCACCAGUUCAGCAUUGACAGCUGUGGGCUCUGGCACGAUCUUUGGAAAUGUCCAGUUGGUCAGCUCAGGUUCUCCAUCCAGCUUUCCUCUAGGAGCCUCCACAGGAAAUGCAAAAUCUACUUUUGCAUUUGGGAUUCAGCAAGCCAGUGUUGUGCCAGCCCCCUCCUCUCCUUUGGCACCCCUUCCUACAUCAAACACCCUCUCGUUUGGAAGCCUCUUGAGUUCAGCCACAACAUCCACUGCAACCACACUAGUGAGCAAAGGAGAGGAAGACACCAAAGCUACAGGGGCUGCCUCUGAGAAGGCCCCUCUGAGUGAUACGACUGAAGCAGCACAACUACCCCUGCCACACUUGCAGGCUCCAGAUGUUCCUCAGAUGCUGCCCACUUUAGUCACCCUGCCACCCACAACUGGAGACCCAGGAAAACCUGCUGCCUCUUCAGGGAAACCCACCCCAACAGAUGCUGUGUCCAUCACUGCUAGUUCUAGUGAUUUGAAGGCUGAGAUGACUCCCACUUCCACCCCUUCAGACCAGCCUUCAACGGAUGCAGCCUCACCACUGGCUGAAGCAACCAGCACACCUCUACCUUCCUCUACCCCAAGUAUUUCAACCCAGGCACCAGCCACAGGGGCCUCUACGUUUACAGCCACCUCAAGUUCUUCUGUGUUUGAGCAGCCCCCUGUGUCCAGUGCUGCAUCAUCAGGUUCGGCCUUCAGCCAGCCUGUGACUGAUGCUCCAGUGACCUCUGAGACUGCACCCAUGUUCGGUCAGCUCUCUGCAGUGACUACCACGACAUCCUCACCCUUUGGUCAGCCUGCUGUCAACCCACCACCCACCUCCACUGUCACAGCUCAGGCAGCAGCCACUGGAUUUAAUACCUCAGCCUUUGGUAUUGCCACCACCACAGGCUUUGGACAUCCAGCUUUUGGGCAAGCUCCAACCUUUGGCCAGCCAGCAAACACCUCUAGCGGCUUCACCUUCAACUCAGCAGCCUUUGGAGCCACUCCUGCAUUUGGACAGGCAGCUUCCUCUUCUUCUUCUGCCUCCCCUUCCAGUGGUGGGAAUGUUUUUGGGGUGCCAUCCAGCACAAGCACCUCCAGCUCCUUCUCUUUUGGACAGCCUUCUUCCUCCUCCACCACUGGGCUCUUUGGCCAAAGUGGGACCCCAGCUUUUGGGCAGAAUUCCACCUUUGGACAGACCAUGCCAAUCUUCGGGAGUGCCACUGCUGCCACCGCUCCCCCAACAUCUUCAGCUGCAUUCAGUUUCUGUCAGGCUUCAGCAUUUGGUUCCAGCAGCCCAGGUUCUGUGUUUGGGCAAGCAGCCAGUAAUACCAGUGGUAACCUCUUUGGCCAGCAGCCCACUUCGAGUGGGGGUCUGUUUGGAUCUGGAAGCAGUGUGGGGAGAAGUGGGGGAUUCUUCAGUGGCCUAGGAGGAAAACCCAGCCACGAGGCAGCAAACAAGAAUCCGUUCAGCUCCAGCGGUGGAGGAUUUGGCUCAUCAGCCACACAGAAUACAUCGAGCCUUUUUGGAAACAGUGGGGCCAAGACCUUUGGAUUUGGCUCCACCUCCUUUGGUGAGCAGAAGCCAAUGGGCACGUUCAGUUCUGGCGGAGGGAGCGUGGCAUCUCAGGGAUUUGGAUUCUCCAGCCCAACCAAAACAGGUGGCUUCGGAGCUGCUCCAGUGUUCGGCAGCCCUCCCACCUUUGGGGGAUCCCCUGGGUUCGGAGGGAUGCCAGCAUUCGGUUCAGCCCCAGCCUUUUCAAGCCCUCUGGGCUCGACGGGAGGCAAAGUCUUCGGCGAGGGGACUGCUGCAGCCAGCGCUGGAGGAUUUGGCUUUGGCGGCACAGCUAGCACUGCAUCAUUCGGCACACUGGCAAGUCAAAACACCCCCACAUUUGGAUCCCUCUCUCAGCAAUCAACAGGUUUUGGCACGCAGAGCAGUGGAUUCUCUGGCUUCGGGACGAGUGGAGGAGGCUUUGGCUUUGGAUCAUCUAAUGCAUCCACUUCUGGAUUUAGUGGCUGGAGGAGCUGAAGAGACGCAGAGUUCUUUUGCUCUGCUGCUGCUGGGUGGACCAGAGGUGGGUGGGGAGAAAUACUGCAGAGAAACAUUUGUUUUUUGUUCUGUUUUGUUUCAUAUUAUCUCAAAUUCUCCAACUUCUUUUUUUGUACAAAAAAAGCACCUAAAAUGCCUAUUUUUUUUAAUGGAGUGAUUCCCUCCACCUCUUUAAAUAAACUAUUUUAUCUGUGUUUAUCUGUAA